AAAGGUGUUUUUUUUAAUCUUAUUGGGUACAGCAUCAGGGUUUCUUUGAUAUUGUCCAGCAUGUUUGGGGCAGACAAAUUCGGUCUGAUAAUAUGGCCACGGUGCUUUGCAGAAAGCUAAAGGCUCUCAGACAUGCUCUUAAGACUUGGAGCAGAGGGAUUUCUAGACUUUCUAUUGCCAUUGAAAAUUCUAAUAAGGCACUUCUUGAACAUGAUGAGUUGGAAAACAAACGACCACUAUCAUUACCAGAAGCAAACUUUAGGAGGAUUCUCAAGUCCCAUAUUCUUCGUCUCCUCUCUUAUCAACAACAAUAUUGGAAAAAACGUUGCACUAUACGUUGGGUUAAAUUCGGAGAUGAGAACUCCAAGUUCUUUCAAGCAAUGGCCUCUGAAAGGAUGAGAAUCAACAACAUUGCCUCCCUGACCAAUGACAAUGGCACCAUCGUGGAGGAUCAUGCUGGAAAAGAGGCACUCAUUUUUAAUACCUUCAGGCAAAGAUUGGGCUCGGCAUCACAUCAUGAGAUGAAAUUUGAUCUGGACAGAAUUAUCAAAAAAGUUGAUGGGUUAGAGGAGCUCACUGUUCCAUUCACCACGGAUGAGAUCGAUAAUGUUAUCAAGCUCAUGCCUGCUGAUCGUGCACUUGGCCCGGAUGGAUUUAAUGGUGCGUUUCUGAAAUCUUGUUGGCACAUUAUCAAACAUGACUUCUACAAGCUCUGCUUCCAAUUUUUUGAUGGUAGUCUUAACCUUGAAUGCAUUAAUGAUGGCUUCAUCACGUUGAUACAAAAAUAGUGCCCCAUCAUCACUCAAUGAUUAUAGACCAAUCACUUUGCUAAACUGCUGUCUCAAAGUCAUAACAAAGCUUCUGGCCAACCGACU